AUGAGUAGUGAUAGUAUAGAGAGUGAACCUGUAGUGCACGGUACUCCCGUUUUUAGUGAACUGAAGAAAAAGUAUCCGUUUUUGGUGUAUUGGCCUGACUAUUCUUUUGAAGAUUUAAGAGGAAUUUAUAAAAGUAAAUAUGAAGAUAUGUGUAUGUAUGAUAAUAAUGGAUCUCUUCAUAAUAGACUAUAUUGCAUUAAAUUAUUUAGUAUUUUAGAGAGUUUAUUUAUCAGGAGGGGAUUAGGUGCUAAUAAUAAAAUUUUUGAGAAUGGUAAGAAAUGGUUUAUUGAAAACAAAAAGAGCAUUGAUUUAGGUUCCAGUGAAAUGAGUAAAUUUAUUAAAGAACUUGGAGUAUUACUUGAAGGAACGUAUGUAGAUGAUUUUAAAACGUACCAGGGACUAUAUGGAAAUAAUACUGAAGUAAUGGAUAUUUUGAAAUUAUACUAUUUCUCUGAAAAUUCUGGAAAAAUUAAUCAUAUAAUGGGUUCCCCAGACAAUAAAGACUAUUAUUCGACUUGUAAAUUUAUCAACGAAUGCCUUGAAAUAUAUAAUAAGUAUAAUAAUUUUAAGUGUUCAGGAAAUAAUAAUAUAACAUAUAGUAAUCCUAGUACUAUAUGUGCUGAAGUAAACCAUUUUUAUAGUAAAUAUAAACUGCAUUUAUAUUAUACAUUAAGAGGCAUGCAUAAUAUUUCUAAAGAGACUACUAAUGAUACUGCUCCAAUUAAAUGCUUAAAAGAUCCCUCUGAGAUUUCUUUUUUUGGGGAAAAUCAAAAGUUAUCCACAGGUGGAAAGGCAGGUGUAGCUAUAUUAUCAGUGUUUGGAAUAUUCUUGAUCUUUUACAUGUUAUAUAAGGUAAUUUAA